ACCCCUUUCGUCAUUUUUGCAUUUUCUUCACCACCUCUCCACCCACCCCACCUCUCUCUCUUCCUCUCUCAUUUGUUGAUUCGCCUGAGCGCCAUUUCUCAAAAAAUGGCGAACGAAAAUGAUGGAGAUGGUGAUUUGGAUAGAGAGAUCAAAACGUGUGCUGUGUUGGGCGGAAGGGGAUUUAUUGGCCGCACCUUGGUGGAGAGGCUGCUGAAACUUGGCAGUUGGAUCGUCCGAGUUGUUGACACCGCCAUGGCUCCCGACCUCGAACCCUCCGAGUCACUUCUCUCCGAUGCUUUAUUCGCUGGCCGCGCAGUUUAUUUCCAGGUUGAUGUGCGUGAUGAAUCCCAAAUCGUCGAAGCUGUUAAAGGCGUUUCAGCUGUUUUUUAUACUGAAUCAAUGGAUUCGUUCCCUCCCGAUUUCUAUCUUUGCUACAAUAUAAUUGUUCAAGGUGCAAAAAAUGUAGUUAAUGCUUGUCGAGAAUGUAAAGUUAAACGGCUGAUAUACAACAGCUCUGCUGAUGUAGUUUUUGAUAAUGCCCAUGAUAUAUGUCUUGGAAAUGAGUCCAUGCCAUAUUCUGGCCAAUUUCGGGACAUGGUCACUGACCUUAGGACUCAAGCGGAGGCACUUAUCUUAUUUUCCAAUAAUGUUGAUGGCCUUUUAACGUGUGCUCUUCGUCCGUGCAAUGUAUUUGGGCCUGGAGAUAAACAUUUUUUACCCUUGCUGGUGAAUGUGGCAAAAUCCAGCUGGGCUAAGUUUAUUAUAGGAAGUGGAAACAAUCUCUCAGACUUCACGUACGUUGAGAAUGUUGCCUAUGCUCAUAUUUGUGCUGAAGAAUCUCUAAGUUCUCAGUUGGCAACUGUAUCUGGGAAGGUCUUCUUCAUAACUGAUCUGGAGCCAAUGAAGUUCUGGGAAUUUGCAUCUGUUUUGCUGGAGGGCUUGGGCUACCUGAGGCCUGUCAUCAGUCUCCCUGUUUGGGUGGUCCACCGUAUCGUUUAUCUUAUAACAUUGCUGCAUGUGAAGUCAGAAUCCAGAAAGCUUGAUCUAUGUGCUUCUAUUUACAUUAUUGCUUCUUUAGCUUCACGCACGAGGACUUUUAGUUGUUCUGCAGCACAGAAUCAUAUUCAAUACUCACCAGUUGUCUCCAUGGAAAAAGAAAGAAGUUCAGCUAUUUAUAUGGUUGUACAACUACCUCCUUACAAGAGAUCAGCAGGACCGCUGGCCCCCUUGAACCAAUACCGGUUUAACGGUUUUUGCGGUUUCAAACCGGUUCAAGCGGUUCUUAUCCGAACAUUGCUUUGCGGACAAGGUCCUGUCAUUCCUUUUUGUUGUGUCCUGAAUCCUCUCCUUGAUUAUUACAUGACUGCACCUGAAUGGUAUAAGCAAGGAAGAAUUGUGUGUAUGCUGAAUAAGUUAAUGAAAGAGGUAUAUGUUUUGAGGUGGAUGUAUUGUUUGACACAGGAAGCGGUGAAGCUAACUGUCGAGUCAUUCUCCCACUUGACUGUAGACUCAUCUUUCACGAGAUAUAAGGACUCCAAUGUACCGUCAAAAGUGGAGAAGCUAUUAGGCAGUGGAGAAGUUGCAGAUAUUCUGUUGUGGAGGGAUGAGAGGAAAACCUUUCUUUCUUUCUUAGUUCUUGCUCUCCUGUAUUACUGGUUUUUCUUAUCGGGUGGAGCUUUUAUUUCAUCAGUUGCUCAGCUGCUUCUGCUGAUAACUGUUUCUCUUUGUGGACAUCACAUUUUACUGUUGAUUGGAUAUGGAUCCAGAGUUCCUAGAUUAUCAUCAUCAUGUUUUGAGAUCUCGGAAGCUGACAUGAGAAAUUCUUUUUUCACCAUGAAAUGCAUGGUGGAUAAAAUAGAUUAUCUGAUAAAGUCAUUGGCACAAGGAGAAGACUGGUUUCUCUUCUUAAAGGUGUCCAUGUUCCUGUACUUGUGUAAGGUGAUCAUUCCCCAUUACCUGACUACGGCCAUUGGCUUGGCAUUGAUACUUUCGUUCACCUUGUGCUACGUGUAUGAGCAAUAUGAGGAGAAAAUUGACGGGAUUGCAAGAGUUGCAUACAACAUUGGCUUUCCAUGCUCAAUUUCCCGAUUCCGAUUUUGGAUCCUCAAUUUCGAGGCCCUCGAUUUCGGAUCCUCAAUUUUGAUUGCGUUGUUGGGGUCGUGGAGGAGGGUGGCCAUGGAGGAGGAUAUCGUGAGUUUGGGUUGGGGGUUUAUGAGAUUUUUUGGAUUUUAA